AUGGCUGCAAUCCCAUUUUUUUCCAAGGCUAUGCUUUUUCUCUGCCUCAUAGCCUUUUUCCAAGUCUCUUUUGCAACUUCCAAACCUACUGGUCUAUCCAUGAAGCUCAUCCGAAGGGAUUCCCUGUACCCUGGAAACCUCACUAAAGUUGAAAGAAUCAAAAGAUUGCUACAAUUGUCAGAAUUUAGAGCUCAAUAUUUGGAUUCUGUUUUGCGUCCCAAUGCAACAGCAGAUCUCGAUACCGUCCGUGUACCAAUAGGUCGGGUUCCUGAUAAUCAUUUAUAUGUGGUAGAGCUUAAAAUCGGAAGCCGACUCCAUCCUGUAAAGUUGCUGAUGGACACCGGAAGUGGUCUAAUUUGGACUCAGUGUAGGCCUUGUAAAAAAUGCUUCAGACAGCAGCUUCCUAUGUAUGACUCUCGAACCUCCACCAGCUAUCACAAGCUUCCUUGCACUCACCCACUUUGUCAAGGUGAUCACAAACGCUACAAAUGUUAUAAUAACGAAUGUGUCUACAGCGUUCGGUAUGGUGUUGAUUCUCGUCCUAAUCCACCUACGACAAAAGGGGUUGCAUCUUUCGAAUCAUUCCAAUUUCCUGUUGAUAAUAUCCACACUAGAGUCAUUGAUGAUAUGGUUUUCGGAUGCUCCAAAGAUAACCAAAACUUUGAUUUUUCCAAUGGGGAGAUUUCAGGAAUUCUAGGAUUAAGCCUGGCACCAGAUUCGCUAGCAACCCAGUUCGCUAGUAAAGGCAUUACUAGUUAUCGGUUCUCAUACUGCUUAGUCCCUUUUAGUGAUGAAUUGGUGCGACCUAGUGUCCUAAGGUUUGGAGAUGAUAUUCCCCCACCAGUAGGAAAUCUUCAAACAACACAAAUUCUGCCGAACGGAUUCUAUCAUUAUCACUUGGAAUUGUUAGAUAUAAGUGUUGGAUGGUAUCGUUUAGGAUUUCAGGAACAACCUGGUAUUUUCAGAGUUAGGGAAGAUGGCUCAGGCGGUUGCCUUAUAGACUCAGGAUCUCUAAUUAGUACUAUUGAUCAAAACACCAUUGGACGCAAUGCAUACAAGGCAGUGAUGCGAGCCUUUCAAGCUUAUUACGACUCCAAUAACUUCCAAAGAAUCGGCAAAGUGGUCGAAUCAUUGCCCCUCUGCUACCGUAGCAAGCCUGGUUUUAAGGAUUACAUGACGAUGACCUUGCAUUUUAAUGGAGCUGACUAUGACAUAGAUGGGAAAUAUAUGCACUACUUUAGCGAGGAGGAUGGGUUUUUUUGCGUGGCAUUGAGACCAGCAUCAAGAACUAUACUAGGAUCAUGGCAGCAACAAAACAUGCGUAUCAUUAUUAAUAUGGAUGUUGCUGGACUCCAAUGGGUUACCGAGACUUGUGCUGAUGAUAUUCCAUGA